ACUCAUCAGUUCCAGUUCGGUUCAGCAAAAAUUGUGCAAAUAAAUUGCGGAAAGUCGGAUUGUUUAUGUGGGAAUCGGCAGCGAAAAGCGACUCGGCGGCAGCAACAACUAUAGUGAAUGAAGUGAGCACUGCCACUCCCACGCACACCACUGUGCAGUCUGUGUGCGCCAACUGUGAAUUGCGAAGUGCGAAUUCCGUACUUCGGAUUGUGGAUUCCCCCCGCCCCUGAAGCACUUGGAAAACCAACACCUGGCGCACGUACACGCGCACGCACACCUGUCCUGCUAGCGCAAAAAGAGUCCCUGUCAGCUGGUGCAGCGAUUCCUGAAGCAACACCGAGGAGCAGGACACCGUGGAAAGAGACGACAACUGAAGCUGGUCUUCAGUGAACACAGAGUCCAGUGAGCAGGUGUGAGCAAGUGAACAGGAGUCACAGAUUAUCUGAGCGACCACCUGGAUGCCCGGUUUUCACCUCAAUGAGAUGGGUGAAAUGGUCCUGGACGCCAUCGACGACAUCGGCGUGGUCGAUGUGUACGACUUGGCCUCUGACAUUGGCAAGGAGUACGAGCGGAUCAUGGACCGCUUCGGCACGGACGCCGUCAGCGGGCUGAUGCCCAAGAUCAUCAACACCCUGGAGCUGCUGGAGGCGCUGGCCACGAAGAACGAGCGCGAGAACGCCACCAUCCAGGAGCUGCGCGAUAAGGUGGCCCAGCUGGAGAGCGAGAAGUUGGAGAAGGCCGAGUUCCGGCGGCGGUUCGACAAGGAGCUGGAGCUGAUCGAGGAGCAGUGGCGCAGCGAGACCAACGAGCUGGUCGAUCUCGUCUCCUCACUGCAGGACGAGAACAAGCGGCUGGUGAAGCAGACGCAGGAUCUCCAGUCCUCGUCCGCCCAGAGCUCCGGCCUGGGGGCCAGUCUCACCGAGAGCAUUAUCAGCAUGACCAACCACGAGCUGCACGGCGCUCUUUCGGAUACUCAAGUGCUGCAACGGCUCAAGGAGCAGAUAUACAAGCAGCGCGACGAGUUGAAGCACCGCGAGCGGGAGCUGGCGGACAAGUACAGCGAGCUGGAGCACCUCAAUAUCCAGGCAGAGCGGCUGAAGGCAUCAGAGCGAGACACCCGGCGCCGCCACAAGCUGAUGCAGGCCCAAGUGAAGACGCUGUGCGAGGAGCGCGCCGACUUUCUUGCCCAGCUGCAGGACCAGAACCGCGAGAUCAACCAACUGCGCAAGCGGUUGGGCCUGGCCGAAAAGGAGAACGAGGACUUGGUGGCUUCGUACGACGAUGGCCAGAACGAUCCCAACCGGCCGCGGUACACCACGCGCGAGCUGAAAGAGUUGAUUAGCGAGCGCGAUGAGCUGCUGACCACCAUCGACACCCUCAACGAGCAGCUGGCGGAGCUAAAGCCACCAAGCCAGGCGAAGGGCAAGCGGCAGCGCCACUUCUCCAGCUCCGACGACAGCGAUGAGGACGACGAUGGUCACGUGGCGGACAACGACGAUGACGACGACGAGGAGGAGGCGGCUGCCGAGGCGAACGAGCUGGAGCCACCAGCGGCCGGAGAAACGCCACCUGGACACGAUGCGCCCGUGCAGGGACCUUUGCCCUACGAGCCGGACGAUGCGCCCUGGAAGAAGAGCUCCGAGUCGGGAAUACGCAAAUUCUUCCGGAAGCUGUUCUCGGACCCGUCGGACGGCAGCAACACAUUCCCGAAACGUUCCUUGGCCACGCUCUCCAAGAUGGCUCUGUCGGCCACGCCCGGUUCCGUUUCCGCCUCCGCAGCGGCGAAUUUAGGCAACAGCCUGUAUCUGACCCUGUCCCUCGCCAUUCACCUGCUCCGCCUGAGCUGUACAUACAUAGUUUACACACUCGAUUGCUGUGUCCUCGUAAUUCUAAGUUGUUAUGCGAUUUUGUUUACGUAAUACGCGUUUUAUUCGUAACUCGUAACCCCUAACUGUACUGGAUAUAUUUAAUACGAAUCCACUUUGUAUUUUUCGUACCUUCGAUUUAUUCUAACUUGAUUAACGACUACCACAUAAGACUCCAAACACACCACAGCCCCCACAUGUGCAAGUAUUUCAAAGAUCAAGAUCAAGAACAAAAACGAGAACGAAAACGAGAUUGAGAUCGAGAUUGUGCAAAGAUUGCCGAGUGAGUUUUUAAUGAAUUUAGACAAAAACAAGCUAAGAAAGACAAACAGUCCUCCCAGGUGCAGUUGCAGAGAAAACGAUACGGUGAGGAAAGGAGACGAGAGGAGAACUCUGGUUCUGGGACCCCAGAUCUUAGAAAGUCUAGGUAGAACGGGAAGAUUUUGCUUCAAUUAUCCGUAGUGUAACUGUCCCUAAGACCUCUGCAUCUAUCUAGAUCCUCGGCUAUCGCCAGCCAGUAUGAGUAUUUUAGCAUUCUCAUAGCAGUUGCCCCAAGCGGCCUUAUAAAUAUAUUACAAAUUUAUCAAAAUACGCAAACCUUAGAGCGAAAGAAACCUAAAAGAAUAUAUAAUUAGCAAACGUUACAACCUUAGCGCAUUGUUUGUUGACUUGAAUUGAACUAACUAACGAAACCAAUCUCAGCAACGUAGAUUCCAUUGAUCGCAUUCGUUUGCACAAAGAUGCCAAAUAGCGAAAAUCUCCGCGUUAGCCCAUUGCCGACCGGCCAGUCUGAAUCAAGGAAUGUUUUAGCCAAGAGUUUUACCACUGACCAGCUCGAAUUGUUGUUACCGCACCCAGACGACUUCGCCCAGAGCCCACACUCCACUUGAAGCCCAGUGAUUUCGAGGAGAUCUCAUCCCGAUCCUCGUUCAUAGCUAGUAUCCAUGUGAGAGACGCCCAUGUAGUGCAAUUACCAAUAUGGUGCCACUUCCCGCUCCCCUUCCACGCACAAGCACAAAGCGAGGAAACUCCGGUUACAUAUCAGCUCCAUCGCUAUCGUCGAUGCGAACGUGCCAAAGACUAAUGGUCAGACCCUAUGCCCCAUUGUCCGCAACUCCCCCCCACUACCCACUACCCACACCACGUACCGCACACCCAGCCCCCAACACCCCACUUGCCAAUCUCCAUUAACCCAUCUCGUUUCGUACACAACAAAGAGUGGCAACUGAACUUUUAUAAAAUUGAACACGAGCGCAAUGGCAUCGAAAUGAAAAAGUGGACUAACGUUGAGUGUCGAGUUGGGUGAAGACCACGAGAAGAAGAUGGAGAGACAUUGAGUAUUUGGUGAAUUAAUGUUAACUAAAUUUAUAUACACAUAUACACAUGCAUUAUACAUAAUAUACUUUACUAUAUACUAUGUAAUACCGUAUUAUAUGGAACUAUGACUAACCAAAAAGACAACAAGGCAACAAUUAUACAAACUUAAAAGCGUACCAGGGUGGCACUUGGACCAUGGACCGCAGGAGCGACCAGCGCGAAAGCGAGCGUCGGAUCGGAUCGGAUCGGAUUGGAUCGCAUCUUGGUGAACCGCAUCAGAGGGCGACGCCUCCGCAUCCGGGUAUCAUCUGCUCACCCCUGUACGUACAUCAAAUUUAUGAGUGGCUUCCUUUGAGCGACCACCAAAAUAAACUUAUGAACCAUGGA